GCCAAGACGGUCAGCUGCGAAGUUGCAAAGCUGCGAAAACUCGAAACGACGUGAGCAAAGACCAAUCUAGCGCCUAUGCAUAAUGGCGUUAAGCCACAUUGGCCGGCCUUGACGAAAGGCUACAUUAUAUCUGAACUGACUACAAUCGGAGCAUCAACACGAACAGUCCUACAGACGUACGUAGGUCAGUUGCAGUACUUGGACCUGCACUACACAACUGGCAAUUAUUACAACGACAUGGACGCGGCUGACUCGGCAACACCUGCAGUUGGGGAGGGCUGGCAACCGCCUCUAUUUAGCACAUCAUCAUGGCUUCUGAUCAUCACAGCCUGUGUUCUCCUAUUUGUCUACGAUUACUGGAGCCAUCAUUACCUGGCAAGAUUGGGUAUUCCUGGAGGAAGCUCGAAGCCGUUUAUCGGUAACACCCUGGACUUCUUUUUCAACAAAGAAGGAAUACAAGGCUACCAUGAGAAGUGCUUUGCCCGCUACGGAAAAUUAUUCGGUUCUUAUCUGGGCUGGCGCCCUGGAGUGGUGACUGCAGAUGUCGAUCUGGUCCGAUUAGUGUGCAUCAAGGAUUUUGCCAGUUUCACAAAUCGGAGGAGGCAGCCGAUUGACAACAAGCCAUUUCACAAGGCUUUGCCUGACCUGAGAGAUGACCAUUGGAAGGACGUGCGGGGAAUCCUCAGUCCAACAUUCAGCGGCUCCAAGAUGAAGCUGAUGGCGCCACUCAUCAACGAUUGCCUCGAUCCUAUGAUCAGGAAAGUUGCUAAACACCACGAAGAAGGCAAGAGUUUACAGAUGAAAGAUAUAUAUGGUGGAUAUCUGAUUGAUGCUAUCGGCAACUGCGCUUUCGGUCUGACUCUCAACUCGCAGGAAACUGAAAACGAUCCCUUUCUCUUCAACACCAAAGACAUAUUCAAUUUUAAAUUUAACUUCACGAUCUUCGUUAUAGUGUUUUUACCAUUCCUGGCUCCCGUGCUGAACUAUUUCGGUGCGACUACCUUCAGACGGUCAACUAUGAAUUUCUUUGAGAACAUCAUGGACCAGGCAGUGGAACUCCGGAGAAGUGGAGCGGAGCGGAGAUUGGAUUUCCUGCAGCUGAUGUUAGACGCGCACGAGAAAUCCUACUUGACGGCUGAAGACAAAGAACAGGCGACCGAGGAAGAGAAGUUGGAAGAGGAGCACCGCAAGCACAUGAGCAAGAAAUCCCUGACGAUGGAUGAACUCAAAUCACAAGGAUUGGUCUUCUUCCUCGCCGGCUAUGAUACCUCCAGCACCACGCUGGGCUUCGCCUCCUACCUCCUGGCAACCAACCCGGAAGUUCAGGACAAGUUGGUGAACGAGAUUGACACCCUGGCCCCAGGACGCGAUGACGUCACCUAUGAGAAUAUCACCAAGAUGACCUAUCUGGACCAGGUCAUAUGUGAGACGCUCCGAGUGUACCCUCCCGCCAUCGUUGCGGCCCGUGAGGCCAGUCGGGACUACCAGUAUCAAGGAUACACCAUUCCUGAAGGCAUGGAGAUCUUCAUCUCAGUCUGGCAGAUCCAUCAUGAUCCGGAGCUGUGGGAAGACCCGGACAAAUUCGACCCCGACAGGUUCACACCAGAGCAACGCGAAAACCGCCAUCCAUGUGCUUGGAUUCCAUUUGGUGUUGGCCCACGCAACUGUAUUGGAAUGCGCUUCGCACUGCUGCAGACUAAAAUGGGAUUGGUUCGGAUGCUGCAGAACUUCCGCCUGGAGACUUGUGCAGAGACUGAGAUUCCGCCAGUCCUCGGCAAGUUUGGAUUCCUGACUCCAGCCAACGGUUUCAAACUGUCGGCUGUUCCUCGAUCCUAGGGACCUUAUAGAAGGCUAGACGCUCAGCAUUGGAAGAUCACGUCAGAGCCAGAGUUCUAAACUGAUAUGAUGACACGUCCCACGUAAUUCCUGAGUCAAUGAUCACCAGCUAUUUGUCAAAUUAGACAUUUUCUUAGGUAUCAUGGCUUGAAUCUGAUUAGUGAGCAUCGAUAGCUUUUGAAUCCUUGUCAUUGAAUGCAAUGAUUUGUUUUUAAGGAAACAUGCAGUGGAAAUUUAGCUCAUCUUGUUUUCAUGCGCAUUACUAUAGACUACGUGUUGCAACAAUACAUACAAGAUCAUAAUACUUGUUUUCGUUACAAGCGACAAGAAAGAAGUAAUUUUUGAGUUAUUAGGAGAUCCUUUCAUCAAUACAUGGUAAGAGAGCGCUAUUUUGCUUUUGUCACACAUGGUACGCCUGGUCAAAACUGCAUAUUAACAGUACAAAAAAAAUAGUUUUGAGUAAAUAUUGGCCAUUACUAUUGUCCAAACAAGCCGUUUGGCAUGAUAAACAAGUAAAAAGUGGACUUUAAUGAAGGAAAGUUUGAUCUACACUGUAAAAACGGUGCUUAGGAUUUAAACACAUUUCUAAACACUUAUUCUGUACCCACUUUUUCCACACGUUUAGCAUCAUGACAUGUUUAGAUGUCCUUUUUCUGUGACACGCAUUAUCCGUUUGACAUGUUUAAUGAAUAAUAUGUUUAGCAUUUAAACACCUUCCUAAGCGCAUUUAGAUAUACAAUCCUAAGCACAUGUCCAAAACGUAAACACGUUUAGUUUCACAACAUUAAAAAGUGGUAAACGUUUAGAAUUGAAACACAUUCCUAAACGUUUUAAACUCUAAACACGUUCUGAUGUGUUUAAAUGCUAAACACUGUUUUUACAGUGUAUAUUUCUACACAAAACUACAGAUGCACUAUUGUUCUGCCUUGGAUGACAUCACACUUUGGCUCAUGAAUAUGGAAAUUGUCUUUUGCAUUAAAACUUAAAAUGUUGAAAUUUCUCCCUGUUACUGCUACAAAGGAGGUGGAAAGUCAUACAUACGUGACAAGAGAUGUUUUUUUAAUGUAUUUAAGUCUUAAAAACCAUAUUGCAUGUUUCCUUUUAGUCUUUGGGGUUCGUAGAAUUUUUUUCUGUUGGAUUUUGUUCCUAAGCUGUUAUCAGAGUGGCCCUGUAUACUCAAGAGAAACUAAUUUACAAUAUCAAGCACUUUGCUUUUUGCAUCACAAGACUGGAUGCUUAAAAGUUGUUUGUUGUGUUCUGUUAAUUGUAAACGAAUGGAAACUUAAGUAGCAUCGAAUCACUAACAAAAUGUGUAAAUUUGUUGAACCGCCAUUUUAAUUGGAAAAGCUUGUACUGUGUUUAUAUUAAUUUUUAGAGAAGGAAAUUAUGUUAAUGGAAUUGUAACUCUCACAAUACUGUUUUUUUUUCUUAAGGUACAUUAGGCUUUACAAUUUAUUAUAAUCUGUACCAUUCAUUAGAUGAAAUAUUUUUUUGUAAGAUGGAAUUAUUUUUUGGAAUUAAAAAAAAUCCAUCUAAAAA